AUGCCUGCUGUCGAUGUUUCAUCCGUCCCUGCUGUCUCCGGCAAGGAGACUGCUCAGUCCGUCGCUGUCCUCGAGGACUUGAUCAAGAACCUCAACAUCUCUACUAGCCAAGAUGAGGUGAAUGCUGCUUCGAACGACCUUGCUCACCUUCUGAGCGGUCCUAUUCCCGAGCAGGCUCUGCCCCUCAAAGCCGUUGAGAUUCUCAAGAAGCAGCUUGCCAACAAGAAGGAUGCCGUCGCCCGUGAGCGUGCCUGCGAUGCCAUCCGGGCCGUCGCCUCCCACGCCACUAUCGCCUCUGGUGUUGAGCCCCAUCUCGUUACCCUUCUGGGCCCAGUCCUCGCUGCUGUCGGUGACAAGAUGGUUCCCGUCAAGAACGCUGCUCAGGGUGCUGCUAUCGCCAUUGUCAAGGGCAUUAACGGCAAUGCCGUCAAGGCCGUCCUUCCUCCCAUCCUUGAGUCUCUUGCCAACGCCCAGAAGUGGACCGAGAAGAUGUGCGCUCUUGAGUGCGUCACCUCGCUUGUCGAAUCGGCUCCCGCUCAGCUCUCCUUCCGUGUCCCUCAGCUGAUCCCCGUCGUUUCCGAGGCCAUGUGGGAUACCAAGACCGAGAUCAAGAAGGCCGCUUACUCCACCAUGGAGAAGGUUUGCGGUCUGAUCGUUAACAAGGAUAUCGAGCGCUUCAUUCCUGAACUGAUCAAGUGUAUCGCCAAGCCCGAGAACGUCCCCGAGACCGUUCACUUGCUGGGUGCCACCACUUUCGUUUCUGAUGUCACGGGACCUACCCUUGCCAUCAUGGUUCCCCUGCUUGACCGUGGUCUCGAUGAGCGUGAGACCGCUAUCAAGCGUAAGUCUGCUGUCAUCGUCGACAACAUGUGUAAGCUCGUGGAGGACCCUCAGAUUGUCGCUCCCUUCUUGCCUAAGUUGAUGCCCCGUCUGGAGAAGAACCACGACAACCUGGCCGACCCUGAGGCCCGUGGUAAGACCAAGCAGGCCUUGGAAACCCUCAUCCGUGUCGGUGAUGUUAAGGAUGGCAAGAUCCCCGAGAUCUCCACCGCCGGUGACAUCGAAACUGUUGCUGCUAUCUUGAAGCAGAUCCUUGAGCCCAAGUUCAAGGGCAAGAUCGAGGGUGCCGACGCCGUCCUCACCUACGUUGCUGCUAUUGCCGGUCAGCUUGUCGACGAGAAGGAGAGCGAAGUUGUCAGCUGGACUCAGAACGCUCUUCCCUAUAUCUCUACCCUUAUUGGCGAGGACGAGGCCAAGCCCAUCGCCGAGGAGCUUCGCAAGAAGGCCUCUCCCGAUGCCCAGGCCGCCGACGACGUUCCCUCUGAUGAGGAAGAGGGUGAGGACCUUUGCAACUGCACUUUCUCCCUGGCCUACGGUGCCAAGAUCCUGCUCAACCAGACUCACCUGCGUCUGAAGCGUGGCCAGCGCUACGGUCUGCUGGGUCCCAAUGGUACCGGAAAGACCACCCUCAUGCGUGCUAUCAACAACGAGCAGCUCGAGGGCUUCCCUAAGAAGGACGAAGUUAAGACCGUCUACGUCGAGCACGACUUGGAUGCUGCCGACACUGAACAGACUGUAAUUGGCUGGACCAUGAAGAAGCUCCGUGAGGUUGGCCUUGACAUCCAGCAGACUGAGGUCGAGACCAAGCUCGAGGAGUUCGGCUUCCUCCGCGAACAGUUCGAGGGUCCUAUCACCUCUCUGUCUGGUGGUUGGAAGAUGAAGCUGGCUCUUGCCCGUGCCGUCUUCGAAAGCCCUGAUAUUUUGCUUCUGGACGAACCUACCAACCACUUGGAUGUCAAGAACGUCGCCUGGUUGGAGAACUACCUCUGCACCUCCCCUUGCACUUCAAUCAUUGUGUCCCACGACAGCAAGUUCUUGGACAAUGUCAUCCAGCACGUCGUCCACUACGAGCGCUUCAAGCUUAAGCGUUACCGUGGUUCCCUGAGUGAGUUCGUCAAGAAGGUCCCCGCUGCUCGCUCCUACUACGAGCUUGGUGCCUCCGAGAUGGAGUUCAAGUUCCCCGAGCCCGGCUUCCUCGAGGGUGUCAAGACCAAGGCCAAGGCCAUUAUCCGUGUCUCCAACAUGUCCUUCCAGUACCCUGGAACCCCCCGUCCCCAGCUUUCCGACAUCAGCUUCCAGGUGUCGCUGGGCUCUCGUAUUGCCGUCAUCGGUCCCAACGGUGCUGGUAAAUCCACCCUGGUCAACGUCCUGACUGGUGAAUUGAUCCCCACCACCGGUGACGUCUACCAGCAUGAGAACAUCCGUAUCGCCUACAUCAAGCAGCACGCCUUCGCUCACAUCGAUAACCAUCUCGACUCGACCCCCUCUGAGUACAUCCAGUGGCGUUUCCAGACCGGUGAGGACCGUGAGACCAUGGACCGUGCCAACAAGAUCGUCACCGAUGAGGACGAGAAGGCCAUGGACAAGAUCUACAAGAUCGACGGCAGCCAACGUCGUGUCAUCGGCAUCCACUCUCGUCGUAAGUUCAAGAACACCUACGAGUACGAGUGUUCCUUCCUGCUUGGUGAGAACAUCGGCAUGAAGAGCGAGAAGUGGACUCCUAUGAUGACCAGCGACAACGCCUGGAUUCCUCGUACCGAGAUCAUCCAGUCCCACGCCAAGAUGGUUGCCGACGUUGAUCAGAAGGAGGCCCUUGCCAGCGGUCAGUUCCGUCCUCUGGUCCGUAAGGAAAUUGAGGCCCACUGCGAGCAGUUCGGUCUGGACGCCGAGCUGGUCUCUCACUCCCGUAUGCGCGGUCUGUCCGGUGGUCAGCGUGUCAAGGUCGUCCUUGCCGCCUGCUCUUGGCAGCGUCCUCACGUUAUCGUCCUCGACGAACCCACCAACUACCUGGACCGUGACUCCCUGGGUGCUCUGUCCAAGGCUCUUAAGUCCUUCGAGGGUGGUGUUGUUAUUAUCACUCACUCCCGCGAGUUCACUGAGAACCUCACUGAGGAAGUCUGGGCUGUCGUUGACGGAAAGAUGACCCCCUCCGGCCACAACUGGGUUCAGGGACAAGGCUCUGGCCCCCGUCUCACGAACAAGGAUGAUCCUGACGCCGAGACUUUCGAUGCCAUGGGCAAUAAGAUUGUUGUCGAGAAGAAGAAGAAACUCACUGGAUCUGAGCUUAGAAAGAAGAAGAAGGAGCGUGCAGCUCGCCGAAAGAGAGGUGAAGACGUCUUUUCUGAUGAAGAUGAUAUUUAG